GCCGCCCCACGGCGCCGGCAGUGGCGUCACCGCUGUGCGCCGCAGGAAGCCCCGCCUACUCGUCGCUCUCCGCGCGCCCGGAGAUGGAGGCGUCAGAUUAUACCAACCCAGAAGAAUACCCUACUGAAAUUCAUGAUUAUCUUGCAACAUUUGAACAAUGUCUUGGUUCUGUAGAAGAGAUGCUGAAAGCAAUGAUGUUGGUUUCUAGGAGUGACCUCCAAAAGUUAGAGCCUCUGGAGCAAGCAAAGCUGGAUUUGGUUUCAGUGUACACGUUAAAUUCAUUGUUCUGGGUAUACUUGACUAUCCAGGGAGUCAAUCCAAAGGAACAUCCAGUGAAACAAGAACUGGAGAGAGUAAGAACAUACAUGAACAGGGUCAAAGAAAUAGCAGAAAAGAAAAAGGCAUCCAAACUUGAUAAAGGAGCUGCUUCUAGAUUUGUAAGAAAUGCACUCUGGGAACCAAGCCCUGAAAAUGAAAAGAAAAACAAAGGCCCUGGUAAAGGAAAAAAGAGAAAGAUGGACUAAAUUUAUGCCUCUCCGUAUAUAAAUUAGAGACGUCUAGGAACUUACCUUGAAAUGUGUUCUGCAUACUGCAUGCACCUUGUGGAGGUGCUGUACAGCAACAUCUUGCUUAAGUUAUAGGUAAGAAUUUUUAUAGGAUUGUAUUUUGUUCAGAACACUUGUCACACGUGAUCACAUUGUAUGUGUAUCUAAAAGUGCCAUUUGAUGCAAGAGAGGUAACAUUUCGUUAUUGAAAUGACAAUGACCUGGCAUAGGCUUGCUGGUAAUACAUACUAGUGAUAUUUUUACUGUUGGAUGAGUAACACUUUUUU